AUGUUGCAGCUAGGCCUGGCAGCAGCCACAAGGUCGCUGCUCGAAGCUGGUGGGGGAACCGACCAAGCUGCCACACCACUUUUCAUUGCAGCUCAGAGUGGCCACAGGGAAGUGUGGUUUCUCAAUGCUAUCUCGAGCGGCUGCGUGCCCAAACUCCCCGACGCCAUCUUGCACAUCUUUCCUUAUCCCACAUUUCACUCUAGCAUGCCACCCAAGAUCGCGCACAUCAAGACACAUCUCAAGCUGCAUCACCGCUUGCAUCCCUGCAGCGGCAGGCUGGUCAUGGCCGACCAGUGCUCGCUGUGGGGGAUCACCGGGAUUCAGUGCCCUGCGUAG